GUGUGUGUGUGUGUGUGUGUAUCUCUGUGUCUGUGUAUGCUGGGACAGUGUGUGAUGUCAUGCGUCUCCAUGGUAACCCCAUGUUGUUAGUAACUGUGUUUUGGUCAGUCAGUCAGUCAGCCAGCCAUGGAGGAGCAGAGAGUUCAAACCUGCGACGUUUACAGGACGGAUCCAAACCUGCCGCAGCGAUUCAACAACCCCGAGUGUUUCCAUGGUUACAGAGAGAAGAUCGAUCAGCCGCUUUACCGAACAUCCAACCAAGCAUACGGCAGCAAGGGACCAACUGUUCAUGAGAUACAGACUCAGUUUAAAGGGAAGUCCCGUCAGUUCUCGGAGGCGAUGCUGCAGAGCGGGAUGUACCGAGAUCACGGCUUCAACACGUCCGUGGAGAGCAGCAGAGUGACCAUUUCCACGGCAACACAACACAACAGAGGCAACCUCCAUUUUCGCUAUCACUAUGGAAACCAAAAAAAUGACAAGUAGACGUUUAAACAACCUGUAAACAAACAAACAAAAAGUUUUGUACAACAAAUACAAGAAUAAAGAGAUGAAUCUGAAAUCUG